UUUUUCCCCCCUCGGCGUCUAUUUUCAGAAUCGGACGGCACCACAAUGGCGACAACACGGACGAGAACGAGGGCGGCAGCGGCGGCGCGGUGCGACAGCGAGGACAAACGCGGCUACGUGUGCCCGGUGUGCGGCCGCGACUGCUUCAAGGCAUCGGCGCUGCAGAAGCACCUGCGCAUCCACUCGGGCGAGCGACCCUUCCAGUGCGCCACCUGCAAGAAGACCUUCACGCAGCAGGUGCACCUCAAGGAGCACCGGCGCAUCCACACGGGCGAGAAGCCCUACGCCUGCACGCUCUGCACCAAGACUUUCACCUUCUCCAGCGCGCUGCGCCGCCAUCAGCGGCUACACGGCGACGCGCGGCCCUUCGCCUGCCACAUCUGCGCCAAGACCUUCAAGCAGGCCACCUCGCUCAAGAGCCACAUGCUGGUGCACUCGGACGUGCGCCACCACUGCCCCGUAUGCCACAAGGCCUUCAGCCGACCGCUAGAACUCAGCUACCACGUGGAUGUGCACGACGCCAGCCGACCCUACUUCUGCCGCAUCUGCCGCAAGAACUUCAGCGGGGCGCGGGCCUUCCGCAAGCACGUUAAAAGGCACCAGGCGCAGGAAGGGGCUGCCGCCGCCGCCGCUGCACAGGGCGCCACCGUCGCAGCUACAGCUGCUGAGGAUACUGCCUCCACGGCAACCGCUGCAGAGACUGACGACGCCACAGCAGCAGCAGCCGCCGAGGACGGCGUCAUCACCGGCGAGGAGACGAGCCAAAGUGAUGAAAAGUGCGACUGACGCGCUGGGCGCCUCAAAAAUGAACAUUUCUUAUCUUCAAUAAAAAUCAUCAGUAUAACAGCA